AUGGUCAACAUCACGUUUUUCGUCCAGGUUGCUUUGGCAGCGUCCAGUAUGGUCUCAGCUGACGGCCUCAAUGCCAGAGCCAAAGCACGCGGCCGUUACUUGGGCACGGCCAUCAACCCGUCGGUCAUGAGCGACAGCCAGGCCAACCCCAUCGCCAGCAACGGCCAGGAUUUCGGAUCAUACACUUGCGAGAAUGAGAUGAAGUUUGAUGCCCUCCAGCCGUCUCGUGGCACUUUUAAUUACGGCAACGCAGACCGUAUUGUUGCGCAGGCCAAGGCGAAUGGCAUGAACAUGCGUUGCCACGCGCUCAUCUGGCAUUCGCAGGUGCCCGCCUGGGUCAGCAACGGCAAUUUCGACCGCACGACCAUGAUCAGUAUCUUGGAGACGCACAUCCGCAACGUGGUGACGCACUUUAAGGGAUCCUGCUACGCUUGGGAUGUCGUCAAUGAAGCCCUCAACGAAGAUCGCACAUACCACACCACUGACUCGGUUUGGUACCGCACUACUGGAGUCGAUUACAUCCCACUAGCGUUCAAUGCAGCCAGGGCUGCUGACCCCGGCGCGAAGCUGUAUUACAACGACUACAACUGCGACCGCCCAGGUCGCAAGGCAACCUGGGGCGCAGAACCUGAUCCGCAGGCGGCCCAAGCCAGUUUCACCAGCAGGCCAGAUUGGGCCACCGUCGUUCAAGCCUGCCUCGCUGUCGCGCGCUGCGUGGGCAUCACGGGUUGGGGUUUCACCGACGCGUACACCUGGAUCGGCGGCGGCAACCCGCUCAUCUGGGACGCAAACUAUCAGAAGAAGCCGGCCUACAAUGCCAUUCUCACUGCGUGGGGUAGCAGCAGCGGAACUCCUCCCACGACGCCCCUGACGACGCCGCCCCCAUCUGGCAACUGCUCCCCCCUGUACGGCCAGUGCGGCGGACAAGGCUACACGGGCAGCACAUGCUGCAGCCAAGGGACGUGCCGUGCCCAGAACCAGUGGUACUCGUAG